CUUCGGAGUGGGAUACCGAGGCGCGGCUUGAGGAGCUGUCCUGAAACAGUUAGGCCGACUUCCUCUCGUAUCCCUGAUCAUCGUGGCUGUGAUUGGCGCCCGGCUCAGCUUCCUCUUCGUCUCAUCCCGAGCACGACGCGUGACGGACGACAUGUAUCUCUUCAACUAUGAUUACGGACUUUCCGAAAGGCUCCACACCAGUACAGGUCGAUUGGUCUUCCGACGCGUACUGGCGGAACAGGCGUCUUUCGCCCGCCCAGCUCCAGGUCCACGAUAUACGCCUCGAAGACACGGGAUGGCGGACAGAUCUCAACGGAAUGUUGGAGAUGAGGGAAGUUCUGACGUCGACGCUAUUACCGGACCUGGAGGAUAGAGAUCGCUUGGUCAACGACCUGCCGAUUGACGAGGUUACGAUGAAUCGGAACGAACAUGUCCAUCUGAGGAAUCUGGCUACCGAAUACGGUUGGAUGAAUUGCUUGAGGAGUAAAGGAGUCCAACAGGCGAUCGACGAUCCGCAGUAUCUUAAAAAGUGCAGAUGGAUACACAUCUCUAGCAAGUUCUCCGAUUACCUAUCCGGAUGCCUGCUGGCGCUGUCCGACUGGAGCAAGAACCCAUCCGACAUCAUCACAGCUUUGCAUCAGCUGGAGCAUUGCAUCUAUCAACAGGAGCGGUUUUCGAAGCAUGGGAGGUACUUCGCGCCGUUCUUCCAGUAUCUGCUGGACAGCCACGGAGACGCAAAAGAGAAGGGAGACGGUCCAAUGCUGUUGAGCGUCCCAUUCCUUGAUUGGUCUGUCGAGGGAACUUCGCCUCCGCUGAGGUUCCAAAUCGACCCGCGCGAAGGUUAUCAGUCGUCGAAGAGUUCUUCGCAUUUACUGCGAUCAAUCUUGCAGCACUUCUACCGCCUGGAGGAUACCGCUGAUCGCGAAUCCCAGCAAGUUUUUACGAAGCACAAACCCUGGCAGACGGAUCGCGGCCUUGACCUCAAGGUUCGACGGUGGUAUGGCCACUACCCGACGAGUCUGAAUGUGGAUGAGCUUUGGAUCCUUGUCGUGGAUGCCCGGCAUGUUGUCACUUUCUCGAGCAACCAGUCCUGGAAGUCACGUUGGCCGCCGCUCCAGCUCUCGGCACGUAUCAUGGAGGUGUCCUUCCGCGGUAUCCGCAACGCCUUCAUCAAUACAGCGCAAGAACAGGACUAUACUUCGACGACUCACGUCAUCGCCGCCCUAAGCGGAGCUUUGGGUAUGCUUCAUCGCAGCUUUUGGUCCGAUAUCACGCUCUGUCUCUCCGACAGAUAUGCCAGCUAUCUCGGUCAUCUCCAGUAUCGGCUGCACAGGAGCCCGAGCACAAAGCUCGUCAUGGAUCUUCUCCAGGUACAAGAAGAGCUGAACAUCAUUAUCCAGAUCAUGGAGCAACAGAUCGAGCUGGUCACCAAGCUUCAGGGUGCACUGAAGUCGGCGCGAAGCAGGGGUCAUUCCCACAGCUCCACCAGACAGUAUCAUCACCAACCGACGGGUUCCAUCCCACCGUCCGAUUUUGCCACUUACAGACAGAUGUCCAUGUCUCAUCUAUCGGAUCCUGCGGCGCAACUGCUAGAGAACCUCCAGAGGGAAUAUGUAGACCUCUGCGACCUGCGCGAGAACAGCAAUUCGCUCAUCAAUCGCACCAUCCAACUCGUCAAUAUCCGGCUCGAGGAUCACGGCAAAGCAAUCCUCGUCUUCACCAUCGUCACCAUCAUCUUCCUCCCGCUCUCCUUUAUCUCUAGUUUCUUCGGGAUGAAUUUCUCAGACAUUCGGAAUAUGGAGAGCACGCAGCGCCUGUUUUGGAUAAUUGCAGGGUCGUUGACGGUUGGCACAGUAGGCUUUGCGAUAUUUCUCGCGUUCUAUGGGAGCGCCAUUGUGGAUUGGUUCGUUGGUUGGCGGGAGAGUUGGAAUAGGAAGUCCAAAGUCAAGAACCCUGUGCCAAGGAUAGUUGAGAGAAAACCGAGUGGCUUCAGAAACUUUGAGAUUUUGGAUGUAAUGCGGCCCAGACAGACCGGCGUCUUCUAAUCUCGGAAACGGCCAUAUUCCACCUGGACACGCUUGAAGGAUUCUCGUUCCCCAGCUUCGGAUCAGGUACGCAGAGCUCCGAUCGCUUACAAUUUCGACGCCCAACGUGCACCGUUCUCUAACAGAUGUAGAUACGAGCCUUCAAAAUUACUCAUAGGCUAAAAUAUGCACUCAAGGCCGGUCAAGCGUCUCUGUGAAACGUCAACCCAGCGCGAACAACCCAAGAAGCACCUCAUUUAAAGUGCGCAAUAUUCCUUCCCGCCUCCGACGAACCAGCGACAGAGACAUCGCAAUCCGCAACGAACGCGCCGAAGCUUCGAGAUACGCACCAACGACUGCCGAUUGUGCCCAGAAUCCGGGGAAUCAAGCUUUUCAAUCUCGAAACCUAUCUCAUAUCUCUCCCACCCGUUUCCGAACAGGAACCCCCUC